CAGGCAGCGACUGCAAAUCGCCCGGAGACUACGGUUCUCUGGUACUGACUCUCCUGAUUUUGGGGAAGCCGCUGCUCAACGGCUUUGGUAUUCCUUCCAGCAAGCCAAGGAAGGCGGUUCGAUGCGCUCUGCGCUCCUGAUCUAGUCCGGAAGGAAUCGUGGCGCCGCCGCCGCCGCCGCCGCCACCGAUCCUCGGCUGAUGGUGUGAGCGACCCUCCUCCCAGGCCGCGGCCUUUCCCAUCGUCCGGCGCCAUGAACCUGCUCCCCGUUAAUCCGCACGGGAACGGGUUGCUCUUCGCCGGCUUCAACCAGGACCACGGAUGCUUUGCAUGUGGAAUGGAAAAUGGAUUUAGAGUGUUUAAUGCAGAUCCACUCAAAGAGAAGGAGAAACAAGAAUUCCUAGAAGGAGGUGUCGGCCAUGUUGAAAUGUUGUUUCGCUGCAAUUAUUUAGCUUUGGUUGGUGGAGGGAAAAAGCCAAAGUAUCCUCCUAAUAAAGUGAUGAUCUGGGAUGACUUGAAAAAGAAGACAGUUAUUGAAAUAGAAUUUUCCACAGAAGUCAAAGCUGUUAAGCUGAGAAGGGACAGAAUUGUCGUAGUUUUGGACUCUAUGAUUAAAGUUUUCACAUUCACACACAAUCCUCACCAAUUACACGUUUUUGAAACUUGCUACAACCCUAAAGGUCUUUGUGUUCUAUGUCCAAAUAGUAAUAAUUCCCUACUUGCAUUCCCUGGAACACAUACUGGACAUGUGCAAAUAGUAGAUCUAGCAAACACUGAAAAACCUCCAGUAGAUAUACCUGCUCAUGAAGGAAUCUUGAGUUGUAUAGCCCUAAAUUUGCAGGGAACAAGAAUCGCUACAGCAUCAGAAAAAGGGACCCUUAUAAGAAUAUUUGAUACGUCAUCUGGGCAUUUAAUUCAAGAGUUGCGCAGAGGAUCUCAGGCUGCCAAUAUAUACUGUAUAAACUUCAACCAAGAUGCUUCUCUUAUCUGCGUGUCAAGUGACCACGCCACAGUUCACAUAUUUGCUGCAGAGGAUCCCAAAAGAAAUAAGCAAUCGAGCUUAGCAUCAGCCAGCUUCCUGCCCAAAUAUUUCAGUUCCAAAUGGAGUUUUUCCAAGUUUCAAGUUCCCUCUGGCUCUCCCUGCAUCUGUGCCUUUGGAACAGAGCCGAAUUCUGUCUUAGCAAUCUGUGCAGAUGGCAGCUACUACAAAUUUUUAUUCAAUCAAAAAGGGGAAUGCUCCAGAGAUGUCUACGCUCAGUUUCUAGAAAUGACUGAUGACAAACUUUGACUGGACUGUUGGACGUAUGGUUUGGUGGGGCAAGUUAUCAGAAUCCCCAUCUCAAUUCUUCUCCUGUUGAAGAGACAACUUCUGACUUGCCAAUUUGAUGGCACUCUUCAAGAUGGGACUGACCUGGUCAACAAUUGGAACAGGGCAAAGGACUGAUAAUGUUAGCUCUCCACGGUUGGUUUUAAGUGUUACUUUGGCAGCUGCUGUUCUUUUCCUCUUCAAGUUUCAGUGUAAGGGUUCUCCCUGUUAAGUAUCAAAACAGAGUACCUGCCACAUUAUAAAGCUGGAAAGAAAGGUUACUAGAGUUUUGAUCAGUUGAAGAUUCUUCAUAUUAGAUUCAGCAGGCAGGUUAAUUGGGAAAUGGCGACCCAGUCAUUUAUAGCAGCAGCUUUUGCAUUUACAGAUAGUUUUCUCCUAAUUCCCAGAAAGAAACUGUAGCAAAGUUGCUCAAAGUUGCAAUUACUCAAAAAUUGAACAAUCAAGUCUGUUUCCAUAUUGCUGUGAAUAGGUAUUCAUGUCAUGUAUCAGAGGUGCCAAAUAUUUUAUAGCAACCAACAUCAAGUGCUGUUAAUUCAGUGAUUCUGCCAGGUAAGAAGUGUCGACAAAGAGGACUUACAAGGCUGUGUUGUCUCCAUCUAGAAUGUAAUCAUUCCAUAUUAUUUACAAUCUAGUCUUUUGUGUUCUGGUACUUACGCUGGAAAAGAAAAGGGUAAUAAUAAAAGUUCUGUGAUAGCCAGCAGAUGCCAGGCUCUGCUUCUACAGCCUCCAACACUUACGUAUUCAGAACACACUCAAAUGAUGCCUUUUUAGAACUAUAAGGUGAUAAAGGGACAUGCCUCGUUUUUCAAAACCCUUGGAAUAUAUGUGACCACUUAAUUUUAAAUUAUCACUACCUUACAACAGUUUCAAUUAAUUUCAUUUGCACACAUGCUUCAAAAUUUAUUGAAGGCUUAAUGCAUUCAGCUGUAAAGCAUCCAAACUUUUCACUUAAUUAAAACCUAUACUCAAAUGUGGGUUUGCAUGUUGCUUUUAAAUGUGUACUUAAUCAUGAAAGUUAUUUUGCACAUCUUUUGUAAUAUUCUUUAAUUAAAAGUGACUAAUUUACUGUA